AUGACGGAACGACAGCUGGAGUGCGCAGGGUAUACUGUGUCAGAAGGCUGGGCAGUUCCGCUCGCAUUGCAGAUGUAUUGGAAACCAGUGAUUAUUAUGAUCUACGAAGCGAAGGUUGUCAGUGAACUGAUUAUCUGUUUGCUCAGUCGGCUUUCCUUCGACGAUAAUCCGCCGAUGGUAGAGCAUCAGCUGGUUGCAUGGACGAAGUUCUUUCUCGAACCAUGUGUGGAAACCGAAACCGAUCUGAUGCCGCCGUCGGACUGGUCACGAAUUCUUCAUAAAAUGGUUGCAGCUCCUGGAUACUUCGACGUAGCUCUGAUUGAAUCAGUGAUGGCAAAAGUGCCCAAUCUGAGCAACAAGCGACGUCGUCAAGUCCGACGGAUCAUGAACAUCUCCUUAUCGGAAUCGUUGUGUGCUGUGGACGAUUCGAUGAGUGUUCGGACACUCGAAGAUCUUCAACGUCUCAUCCGAAAAGAUCGAGGUACUGUGUCGACAACAGCGGAGCCGCCAGCAGACGGCUUUGUACUGUGCGAUUCGGAAGAGUGGUGCUCGGUGCCGUUAGGUCUGCUACCUGGUGCUUCGGUGGACACAUUCUCACUAAUACUUGACAAUGAUUGGAUUUCGGCUCAAACGCUACGUAACGACCGUGAGCUGAGCGUCAUUGAAGAGGAUGAUUAG